AGGAACCUAGGAGGUUUUGCAUGGCACCCAAGCAGAAGUUUUGGAUUCCCGAAAAAGGCCAGGUCUUCUACAACUGUACUGACGGAACGCCAAGCUUUUAUACCCUAAAGGAAGACCAACCUGGGGCGCAAGGAUGCGUUAUUCCGCACAUUUGUGACUCAGGUCAACCAGUUCCCUUCCGCUGCCCUCCUGAAGGAGGUAUGAUCGCGCACGAGCACUCGAACAACAAGUUGUACUUGUGCCACAGGCCGCAACCGGAAGUGGCAAGGUGUGCACCGGGGCUUGUGUUUGAUCACAAGGAUGAGGUUUGCACUUCUAGCGCGGCUGCAUGGCCUUCCGAAAGCGUCUAUCUUUCCGAAUUAUACAAGUCUGCCGCGAAUACUGCGCGCGAAGAACUCGAAAAGGCCAGGAGGAAUUUCGAGUGUCCUUCUGGCUUCGGGUACUUCUGGAGUACCGUGGACGAGUUUCACUACUUCGAGUGUGUCCGAUGGGAGCCAGUUCUUAAGCGCUGUCCUGCCAACUCGGUCUUCAGUGAGACGCUUCGUAUAUGCUUGCUUAAUGAGUAUUAAUAAUACUUAUUGUAAUGAUAAAGUUAUCAUGAAAUUUAGCAAACUUCGAAAACCGUCAAAUGCGCGAACUAUAUGUAGCAAUACUUUUU